AUGAUAAUCAUGAGGGACGAAGUGAAGAUGGACGCGAACCGGCUGAUCGCCGAGGUCUACAAGCGGCCGGCGCUCUGGAAUCAGAGGCACAUCUCCUACCAUAAUCGCGAGGUGACCAACCGCGUCUGGAUGGAGAUCGCAGCGAUAUUCAAUUUGCCCAAACCGAUGCUGAAGGCAAAGUGGAAGGGCCUGCGCGAUACGUUCCGUGCUGAAUUAAAGAAGGAUCAGGUGUACCGCAAGAGCAAGUUUCACCGGAAUCGGCCGGUAUGGAUACACUUCAAAAGUUUGCAAUUCCUCAAGGAGCAGAUGCUGCCGCGGCCGCCGAUCUGGGAACGUAGCAUUCCGAAAACAGAAGACGAGCUGCAGCCAAGUGAGGGCGAAGGCGAGAACGGUAUGCUGACUUCAAGCAUGGACGGCGGCCUCGACGAUCGAGAUGCGAUCGCCGAUCAUCUGUUGUCGAUGGCUGGCGAUGGUAACAUCGGCCAUCACCAUCACCAUCAUCACCGACACCACCAUCAGCAUAAGUUGGACGGCAGCGGUGACGGUCGACGUGGCACAGUGGACGUAAAGCGCGAACCCGAAGAAAGCUUCGACAACUUGGAGUUCCAAAACGUCACCGACAACUUGGCGGAAAACGAGAUGAUGUUGCAGAACAUCUCGCCUGAGCAAGUCCUGAUGAGUGACAGUGACACCGGUCUCGCAGGCGUUGAUCCACUCGAGGGCAGCUGUCGUUUUGACGACAAUUACUACUUCCUGAUGAGCCUACUACCGCAUAUCCGUACCCUGCCGGCCGACCGCAGGAUGCUGCUCAGGAUGCAGAUGCAGGAGCUCGUUUACAAGGAGGUCUACAAUAAGGCAGCCGAUGACGAACCAAUGGCAAAGACUUAAUUGAUGUUGUUGUGCUAAGUUAAACUCUUAAGACCUCCUUUUUCUCGCUGUAAUUAUAU